AUGACCAUCCUUCGCUCUGUCCUCGCCCUUGGCGUGGUUUUGGGCUGCGUGGGCGCGGUCAAACGCGAGGAUUUCAAGACUUGUGCCCAGAGCGGCUUUUGUGCCCGCAAUCGUGCCUAUGCCGAACUGGCUAAGGAGACCCCCAAUUGGAUUUCCCCCUUUCAAAUGAAUCCGUCCUCGCUGCGUCUGAAAGAUGGCAUCCUCACCGGCGACCUCAUCGAUACUCAGGAAGAGAAGCAACCUUCACCACGUCCAGGACUGGCAUUCGAGCUGCACCUGCUCGACAAUGAUGCAGUGCGCGUGCGUAUCACAGAGCGUGAAGGCGUUCUCCCUCGAUAUGAUGGUGUCCAGGACACAGUGUUAGUCAAACCCUACGGAAUGGCCAAGGAUUCGUCAUAUAAGCAACUUUCCAAGGACACCGACGGCGUAUUGUCGAUACAGUAUGGCGCUCAGAGGCAGAACACGGUCAAGAUCAGCUCAGCGCCCUUCAAAAUCGAGUUUCUCGUUAACGACGUAACGACGGUCGUGCUUAACGGGGAGGGUCUUCUAAGAUUUGAACGACUGAGGAAGAAGCAGGUGGAGGAGGCGAAUGAGGAAGGCAAGCUGAACGAUCAAGAAGCAAGAAAGAAGGAAGGCGAGAUCAAGAUCGAAAAGUCCGCACUAGAACUAAAGCUGGAGGAGAACUUGUGGGAAGAGAGGUUCAAGGAUUCCACAGAUUCGAAGCCUAGAGGACCCGAGUCGUUUGGACUGGAUAUCACGUUUUCGGGGAUCAACCACGUUUAUGGCAUCCCUGAGCACGCAACCAGUCUCUCUCUCAAGGCAACCAAGGGUCCGGACGCGCCAUACAGCGAGCCCUACCGACUGUAUAAUCUGGAUGUGUUCGAAUACGAGGUUGACAACCCAAUGGCGCUCUAUGGAUCGGUCCCGUUCAUGCUCGGCCAUAGCAAGAACAGCACUGCUGCUGUAUUCUGGAUGAAUGCAGCCGAAACGUGGGUCGAUGUGGAGAAGACUGCCGAGGACAAGAAUAGUGGCAUUCUCUCAUGGAUCAAGUCUAAGAAAGCUGUCCCGGCACCAUCAACAAAGACCCACUGGAUGAGUGAGGCUGGAAUUCUGGAUGUAUUUGUAUUCCUAGGACCGACCCAACGUGACAUCUUCCGCCAGUAUUCAUCGCUUGUGGGCACAACGGCCCUUCCCCAAGCCUUCUCCAUCGCCUACCACCAAUGUCGCUGGAACUACAACACGCAGCAGGAUGUCGCUGAGGUCGACGCUGGAUUUGACGAGCAUGAUAUUCCAUACGAUGUUCUCUGGCUCGAUAUUGAGCACACCAAUGGCAAGAGAUACUUUACCUGGGAUGAGGCAAAGUUCCCCAACCCCACCGAUAUGCAGCAAUCCCUCGCAAACAAGGGCAGGAAGAUGGUGACCAUCAUCGAUCCUCAUAUAAAAAAGGAUGACCAGUAUCAUGUUUCUAAGGAAGGAAACGACCUGGAUUUGUACAUCAAAAACAAAGAUGGACAAUCGGCAUUCGAUGGUUGGUGCUGGCCCGGCAGCUCGCAGUGGAUUGAUUUUUACAACCCCAAGGCAAGAGAUUGGUGGGCAUCCCAGUUUUCGUACGACCGAUACAAGGGCUCGACCAAGACACUUUUCACUUGGAACGACAUGAAUGAGCCCUCGGUCUUCAGUGGGCCCGAAAUCACGAUUCCCAAGGAUGUCAUUCACCAUGGAAACGUGGAGCAUCGCAACGUCCAUAAUCUCUACGGUACCAUGUUUCACUCGGCAACUGCUCAAGGUCUAAUUCAACGCAACGAGACGAACCAGCGGCCUUUUGUUCUUUCUCGCGCGUUCUUUGCUGGCACUCAGCGGUAUGGUGCUAUUUGGACCGGUGACAACCUUGCGAACUGGGAGCACUUGGAAAUUGCAUCGCCGAUGUUGUUGACGAUCGGACUCUCUGGAAUCCCCUUUUCUGGAGCUGAUGUCGGAGGAUUUUUUGGCAACCCAGAUGCAGAGUUAUUGGUCCGCUGGUACCAGGCUGGUGCGUUCUAUCCAUUCUUCCGCGCCCAUGCUCAUCUUGAUAGCAAGCGUCGUGAACCCUGGCUAUUUGGGGAGCCAUAUACCUCGCAGAUUCGAGAAGCAGUUCGCACUCGUUAUACAUACUUGCCAUUUUGGUACACACUCUUCCACGAGACUAGUGUGGACGGAACGCCCAUCAUCAGGCCCAUGUUCACCGAAUUCCCAGAAGAUGAGACCGUGUUCGCUAUGGAUGACCAGUACAUGGUUGGAGAUGCAUUAUUAGUCAAGCCCGUCACCAAGCCCGGUAUUACCCGUUCGAGCGUGUACUUUGCAGGAAACGAAAAGUGGUUCGACAUUAAGGACUACAGUGUUGAGCAGGGUCCAGGAAUCAAGGAGGUAGCGUCUCCAUCUGACAAGAUUGCCGUAUAUCAGCGCGCUGGAACCAUUGUUCCCAAGCGUGAGAGACCCCGUCGGUCAUCCAAGGCGAUGGAGCACGAUCCCUUCACGCUUGUAAUUGCACUGGACAACCGGGGUGAGGCAUCGGGACGAAUCUAUCUGGAUGAUGGAGAGAGUUUCCAUUAUGAGCAGGGCGACUAUAUCCUGCACGAGUUCAGAGUGUCGCAGGGAGUGUUGUCUUCACAUGAUCUCAGGACAGAAUCGAAGGUCAAGGUCUCGGAAUAUGUGCAAAGGAUAGGAGCUCUCAGAAUUGAACGCUUGGUGUUCCUAGGAUCAAAGAUUGCGCUGACCAAGGUCAAUGUUGGCGACCGUAGCUUGCAGGUGGAUUGUACGCAUGCCCCCAAUGGCGGCGGCCAUGUCUGUACCGUCAAAGAGCCCCAGGUAGCGAUUGGCGAGAGCUUUUCGCUUUCGUUUGAGUAA